UGUGGCGUGCUUUUAAGAUAUAAUGGCAGCAUGCUCUUAAUAGCAGGGAGGGGAUUAUUUAUCAGAGUGGCAAAGGGACCGGGAGGCAAGUCCUGCUGCAGUCCUAAAAAGUGCACAGCUGUCAGAUAGACGGAGAGGAGGAAGGGUGUGCGAGGGAGAUCUGCCUCUGCCUCUGAUUGCAAGCUACAGUGGUUGUGACAUUAUGAUUCUUGGGAGCACUGAAGUGUGAGUGAAGCUAUUGAAAAGUCAAACAGCUGGGAGUGAAGACUACUCUGCUUUCAAGGCAAAGCGGACGAUUGGUGAGCGGAUGGGCUCUGCUGGGAAGGCUUGCCCUCUCACCAUGACAGCUGACAAGUCAGAAGCUGGAGAGUUAGCUCUGGAGCCGCUGCUCACUUGCAAGCUAUGUCUCUGUGAAUAUUCCCUGGAUAAGAUGACCACUCUUCAGGAAUGCAGCUGCAUCUUUUGUACAUCGUGCCUAAAACAGUACAUGCAGCUGGCAAUUCAAGAAGGUUGUGGAUCUCCUAUCACUUGUCCAGACAUGGUAUGCUUGAACCAUGGGACCCUACAAGAAGCAGAGAUUGCCUGUUUGGUGCCUGUUGACCAGUUUCAGUUGUACAAGAGGCUGAAGUUUGAACGUGAAGUCCACUUGGACCCCGAGAGAACAUGGUGCCCUGCGGCUGACUGCCAGACGGUGUGCUGUAUUGGGCCGAGCGAGCCAGGAGUGCCGGUGCCAGUGGAGUGUCCAGCUUGCCACCUGACGUUCUGCUCCUCUUGCAAGGAGACGUGGCACCCACAGCGCCUGUGCCCAGAAAACCAAACUACUCUGGUACCAACAGAGCAGGGAUCACUUAUUGGAACAGAGACAGAGGCACCAAUUAAGCAGUGCCCAGUUUGUCAGAUCUACAUUGAGAGGAACGAGGGCUGUGCUCAGAUGAUGUGCAAGAACUGCAAACACACGUUUUGCUGGUACUGUCUACAGAACUUGGAUAACGACAUCUUCUUAAGACAUUACGACAAAGGCCCUUGCAGAAACAAGCUAGGCCACUCACGUGCUUCAGUGAUGUGGAACAGGACACAGGUUGUAGGGAUCCUCGUUGGACUAGGUAUCAUAGCAUUGGUGACCUCUCCCUUGCUGCUUGUGGCAUCUCCAUGCAUCAUCUGCUGCAUUUGCAAAUCUUGCCGAAGCAAAAAGAAAAAACACAGUCUGCCAGCAACCUAACUCUGCGUCUGUUUGAGCCUCUGUCUGUACAGCAUAUGUUUGUGAGAAAGCACAGUGGUUGUAUUUUGGUGCCAUACCUACCAAAUAAUGCUCCCUUUUUUUUUUGCCAAUUCUUGGGAUAAGUGCCUAUUCUCUACAGGCUACUCUAUCACUUACAAGUUGCAGUGUGGAAAAAGUCUAGAUAAUAGUGCAGUACAUACGGUAUAGGUUUUUUGCUUUCUAAAAGAAAAACAGGACGCCGAUCGGUAGUUCAUACCCUUCAGUAUGAGCCAGCUCUUGAGAUUGCUAGAAGAUUGCCACCUUCCAUCAACUGCGCGAGUUGAUCCUGCAGUAUUAUUCUGCCUUUGCAGACCCAACUGUUACUGUCAUGCUAUCUGUUGGUUCUUGGUGACAGUUGGAUUUUUCAGAAAGUUUUGGGUAUUUUACAACGGGGAGAGGGAAAAGCUUGAUAAAGGUCUUCUGCCUGCUAGCUUGUGUCCCAUUAGAGGUAAAAAACUGUUAAGAAAAUAUAUUGACAGUUUCCUGUCAACUGGCUUCCAUGGCAUUUCUUUCAGCAUUGAAAUCAAUGGGAUUCAUAUUACUGAUCUCGAUUACACAAGUGAAAACCAACAAAACUAUUUGUAAGACAGAGCUCUCUCUUAGGAGACUGGACUAGCUUGGGAAAAUAGAUGCUUUUUUCAGAUCAAAUGAGACGUACCUACAUUGAAAUACAAGGACUAAGCAUAUUUCCCUGCUAUUGGGCAUGCCUUUUGUCAGUAACAUGGGUGUAGUAAAGUCACCAGGAAUCUGGUGUUUUAGGAAAGGCUCCUAUUUUGUGCAGUACUGGGAUCUUGGCUGUGCAUAUAUACAGUGACCUUGUGUGUGGAUAUACUGAGUACAUAAUGCACAAUUUAUUUUCCAGGCAGUCAGUAUAUUUUUUCAGCAGUUUACAUGGGGUAGCAGCAAGAACCCUGUAAAACGUUACUCAGAACAGGCUAAACCAAAACCCUCUCUUGAACGUUACGGACCUGCUGAAGUGAAUACUUGAGAAAUGCUGUGUAAAUGUAAGCUCCAUCCAUUGGUGAAUAUUUUUUCUGUCCCACUCAAGGUUAACAAACUUUGUUACCGCUCAUUUUUAGUUACUCUGAAUAUGAAAGCCUGUCAUUUUAUACACCCUUUGUUUUCACUUGGUGCCUCACCACUAAACUGAUUUAGACCCUGGUAUCAGUUACACCCGUAUAAAUUCACUGAAACCUCCCUGAAGAGCUGGAGUUACUUCAGGCUCACCCAGUAGCUGAGUUCAGACUCUGCUCCGUGCAUUUAUUUCCUUAAUGGCUGGUGCUCCUCAAAACCCUGGCCAGCAGUGUCUUUUGUUCUGGACUUACAGUGCAUUUUAUAUGUGUGGGAACUGAUACGAAUUUGCACUGUUUAAUCAGUUGUAAUUCCAAACCCUUUGCAAUAAGGGCUGCAAGUUUUAAAUGGGAUGCUCAACCUGAGCAUCAUGUCAGGCUUUUCCUCCUUGGUCCUACCCUCCUCCAUGCAUGCAAUGCGAAGCAACAGAAGAAUGCUGCAAAGAACAUAUUUUCUGUUGCGUUUGGCUGAGCCUCAGGAACUUUGCCUUCUUGGCAGCCAUAAAUGUGACCUUUUUUGUUUAACUUCCCCCUCUGUUAACUGUAACAGAAGUGGUAGAUUUUCUUAUUUUAAGA